CUGACUGCUGCAGCUGCUGCACGUCCUUGUGACGCGCUGGAACAGACUUCGAUCUCCGGGUCCGGGUUCUGCGGCUUUUUGGAUAAGGCUCUGCAGCGGCUCCCUUUGAAGACGGUGGAAUCCCGAAGGAAUAGAGUCGCAUCGUUAAAGGGAGGGGGAAGGUGGAUAAUCAACCAUGACUACAGAAUCUGGUUCAGACUCUGAAUCCAAAGAUCAGGAUCAAGAGCAGAAAGAAACAUCUGGUGAACAAGAAAAAGCAACCCAAGAACAGCAAGCGAAGGAAGAGCACCAGAAUGCAUUAGAACAAUUUUCCAGUGUUGCAGCCCAUAGCACUCCUGUAAAAAAGGAACAGGCCACCGACAAAGAACUUGAAGUUGCUGCUGCAGUGGCAAAGCAGCUGGAAUAUCAGCAGUUUGAAGACGACAAACUCUCCCAAAAAUCAUCCUCGAGCAAACUCUCCCGCUCUCCUUUAAAGAUUGUGAAAAAACCAAAAAGUAUGCAGUGCAAAGUAAUCCUACUGGAUGGCUCCGAAUAUGGCUGUGAAGUAGAGAAGCGCUCAAAGGGCCAGAUUCUUUUUGACAAAGUAUGUGAGCACCUGAACCUCUUGGAAAAAGAUUAUUUUGGACUCACUUACAGAGAUAUGGAAAAUCAGAAGAAUUGGUUGGAUCCAGCUAAGGAAAUUAAAAAGCAGAUCCGAAGUGGUGCUUGGCAUUUCUCGUUCAAUGUUAAAUUCUACCCUCCAGAUCCUGCCCAACUUUCUGAAGAUAUUACAAGGUAUUAUCUCUGCUUGCAGCUGCGAGAUGACAUUGUGUCUGGACGAUUGCCAUGUUCUUUUGUCACACUUGCACUAUUAGGCUCCUAUACAGUUCAGUCAGAGCUGGGAGAUUAUGAUCCUGAUGAAUAUGGGAGUGACUAUGUCAGUGAAUUCCGCUUUGCACCAAAUCAUACUAAAGAACUGGAAGAUAAAGUAAUAGAGCUUCAUAAAAGCCAUAGGGGAAUGACACCUGCAGAAGCAGAGAUGCACUUUCUGGAAAAUGCCAAAAAACUGUCUAUGUAUGGAGUAGAUCUACAUCAUGCCAAGGAUUCUGAAGGAGUUGAAAUCAUGUUAGGUGUUUGUGCAAGUGGUCUCUUGAUUUAUCGAGACAGACUCAGAAUAAACAGAUUUGCUUGGCCUAAGGUUCUCAAAAUUUCAUAUAAGAGGAAUAACUUCUACAUCAAAAUUCGACCAGGGGAAUUUGAACAAUUUGAAAGUACAAUCGGAUUUAAAUUACCAAAUCAUCGUGCUGCAAAACGUCUAUGGAAAGUAUGUGUUGAACAUCAUACAUUUUUCAGACUCUUGCUACCAGAAGCUCCUCCAAAAAAAUUCCUCACACUAGGUUCUAAGUUUCGCUACAGUGGAAGGACACAAGCCCAGACAAGAAGAGCUAGUGCACUGAUUGAUCGCCCUGCACCUUACUUUGAACGUUCCUCAAGUAAACGCUACACAAUGUCUCGCAGCCUAGACGGGGCAUCAGUGAAUGAAAACCAUGAAAUGUACAUGAAGGAUUCUAUGUCUGCUGCAGAGGUUGGUACUGGCCAGUACGCUACAACAAAGGGCAUCUCUCAAACAAACUUGAUAACUACUGUGACUCCAGAGAAGAAAGCAGAAGAAGAGAAAGAUGAUGAACAGCUAAAAAAGAAAGAAGAAGAAGGCACUCCAGUUUCAGCAAUACGGCACGAUACUAAGCCACUUUUGCCUGGCAUUGAUUCAUUAACCUCCUUGUCAUCGUCAUCAACUGGUCCCUUUGCAUCUUCAACAGAACUCCAUAGGAGGAGGUGUAAGGAGAAUAGUAAAAAAUUAUUAGAUGGUGAACCAUUAAAAAACACCGUUCAAAAGCACGAUGAAACCGAUUUGAACUUGAGCAGAAAAGGAAGAGCUUAUUCUAUUGAACAUGACAUGGCAUUUAAUUAUAAGCAAAAUGCCAGAAAAGGUGGAACAUUAUUUUCGUUCUCCUUGCAACUUCCAGAAUCAUUCCCUUCUCUCCUGGAUGAUGAUGGCUACUUAUCCUUUCCAAACCUGUCUGAAACAAACAUCCUGCCACAAAGUGUGCAGCAUUUCCUUCCCAUUCGCUCACCUUCCCUCGUGCCUUGUUUCCUUUUCAUCUUUUUCUUUUUGCUUUCUGCUUCUUUCUCUGUACCCUAUGCUCUCACUCUUUCCUUUCCCUUGGCUAUGUGCCUCUGCUACCUGGAGCCCAAGGCGGCCUCCUUGACUGCUUCACUUGAAAAUGACCUGAGUGACAGUUCAGACGAAGAGACUGACAGUGAAAGAACUGACACUGCAGCAGAUGGUGAAACCACUGCCACAGAGUCAGAUCAGGAGGAAGAUAGUGAUCUCAAAGCACAGUUUUUUCAGAAUAGUCUGAUUAAGCGCAUACAGGGUGAAAAUGUGUAUAUCAAACAUAGUAAUCUUAUGUUAGAGGAACUAGAUAAAACCCAGGAAGAUCUGAUAAAACACCAGACCAAUAUAAGUGAGCUGAAACGGACAUUCUUAGAAACCACCACAGAUAUCUCAGGGACUAAUGAAUGGGAAAAGAGACUUUCAACAUCGCCAGUCCGGCUUGCUGCAAGACAUGAAGAAGCCCCUAUGAUUGAACCACUUGUGCCUGACGAGACCAAAGAAGAUAAAGAAAAAUCUGAAAAACGUAUAUUUUUACAGAAGGAAAGCACGGCCUUUCUUGAUUCUCAGACAAAACAACUCUCCGAUGAAAAAACUUUGGAUGGUUCUGGUAUCUUCACAUUAAUAGAAUCUGCAAGAAAACCAACUGAGUUCAUAGGAGGGGUUACAGCUACUUCACAUAGCUGGGCACAGCAAACAGAAACAAAAACUGAUGAGGAAAAGAAAACAGAGGAGCAACAGCAGGAAGCCAUCAAGAAGGUUGUGCAGGAAACUUUAAUAGUCAAGGAGAAACAUGUGAUGAGUUUGCAUGCAAGUGAGGAUGCUGCUAAAUUGGCUGGCCUUCAGCUGGAUGCUACAGCACAGACAAUAUCUCAUGUGGCUUCUAGCAUCAAAGGGAAAGAGGGCUCUACUAUCACUGAGGGGGCUAAAGAGGAAAAAGCUGCAACCCAACAGGAAGAAACUGCUACUAUUUCUCAUGAUCUGCAAGAGGAGCAAAGUAAAUCAGCCCAUAUUUUGAAUACACAAGAAAGCAAACCUCUUUUUGAGUCAUCCAUUGUGAAGACUGAGGCAGUCAGUUUUGGCAGUGCUUCUCCGGGUGGAGAGAAAUCGGAAAUUUCUAUGAAAGAAGUACCUGUUGUCCAUACUGAAACAAAAACUAUUACAUAUGAAUCAUCUGAGGUGGAUUCUAGUGCUGACUCUGAACCAGGAGUUCUGAUGAGUGCACAGACUAUUACUUCUGAAACUACUAGUACUACAACUACUACACAUAUCACCAAAACAGUGAAAGGAGGCAUUUCAGAGACAAGAAUUGAAAAACGAAUUGUGAUAACGGGUGAUGCAGACAUUGACCAUGAUCAGGCGCUGGCUCAGGCAAUUAAAGAGGCCAAAGAGCAGCACCCUGACAUGUCAGUGACCAAAGUAGUGGUACAUAAAGAGACAGAAAUCACACCAGAAGAUGGGGAGGAUUGACUACAGGAUUAGAGUAGCUUUCUUAUGAACUUCAUCAGUGGGAAUAUCAGAGCCUAUAUGGAGUCUUGGUUCUAACCCAGCUGACUUGCAUCUCUCCAGAGAAAUUUUCAAUGUGGAAGAUUUUGAUUUUAAUUGCUAAUUAAGGACACUGGCUGAAAUUCCCCAGUUACAGCAAUUUGAAUCAGCUUUAAUAAUCUAAUAAUUGCAUGAAACAACAAAAUUACAAAAAAGCAGCAUUUUUAUUUUCUUAAAUCGACCUUACAUCUAAAUGGCACGUUCAUCAACAGUUAAAACAAUUGUAUUAUGCUACACUAAAACAGCUCAUGCCUUUACUCUUAUUGAAAGUCUAAACACAGUUUCUUGGGGUGUGCAAAGUUUUGUUUAAGGGAAAUCAAGAUCACACUACAAUACUAGAAGCUGUACAGGUACUAUAUAUAUAUGUUUUAUUACAUUAGAUGUGCCAAUAACAUACUUUAUUCAACAAAUAACUUGAAUCAUAUACUUGUUAUAAUUUGGUUUUAUUAUUCUUGUUAUAUAAACAAUGGUGAAUCUCUAAUCUUAUUUAAAUGCUUAUAAAAUAUGCUUUAUCUAUCUGAUUUGGAACCCUUAGUAGCUAAUGAUUUUUAGAAUUGUUAAAGUUAGAAAUCCUGCCGUCACUUUUCUAAAGUCUCAAUCUAUAAAUUUGCAUUGUGAUUAUUUUGAAGAAAAUGUAUGUUUUCCUUAGCAUCUCACAUAUGUUCAUCUGAAAAUGUGAUUUUUCAAAAACAAGUCCUGUCCACUCUCAGAGAAAGAUGUUUCCUUUGCAAGUCUAGUCAGUGUUCCUUACUUAGGUCAGAGUUAAGCCUUAAACCGUACAGAACACUUACAAAACAUUUCAUUUUUAUUAUCACAUCAAUUUAAAGGGAUCCUAUGUUUUUAUGCUGUCAGUUUCAUCACAAUACAUGGCGAAUGUAUGUUUCUGCAUAGUAAAAUAAAAGUGGUAAAUGCA